AGAAAGAGUUGUGUGUGAAGAUUGGUGGAUAAAAUGAGGUGCUUUCAGUUGCACAGAAAACGUCGCAGAGUUUGCUAAAAAAUAAAGAGAGCUCAAAAGAAGUGAGAGAAAAAAGGGCGAAAAGUGAUGAAAAUGUGAUUUUUCACAAUGAGGACAAUCUUUGUGGUUCUUUUUGCAACAUUUUCCGUGUCAGUGGCGGGAAAUUGUGAGUUCAGCCGUGUGAAUUUCAGAGAGAAAGCCACAUGUCGCAGCGGAAAGCUCAUUGAGCCGUACGUUUCGGUGAAAAGCACAACCGAAAUACUCGAUCUCAGCGGCAAUGCCAUUUCCACACUCAACAACAAUGCCUUCUACUACGUACCCAUUGUGAUGAACCUCAGCCUGGCACACAAUACCAUCCACACAAUCUUCCUGGAUGCCUUUGCGGGCUUGCCACACCUGAAGAUGCUCAAUUUAUCACACAACUUCCUCGAGACCUUCGAUAGGCGUAUUGUGGAGAAGAAUACGGAUUUGCUGGUGCUCGAUUUGUCAGAGAAUAAUUUUAUCAACCUCAAUGGAGAACCCUUCCUUAUCAGCACGUCGCUGGAAGAGCUUCACAUGAGAAACUCCAAAUUGGUGCAUCUCGUGGAGCUUUUCAAUGAACUCCCAAAGCUCAAACGACUCGAAUUGGGCGGGAAUCUCCUUUUCUCCGUCAACCCACAGAGCUUUUUCACCCUCACGGGGUUGCAGUAUGUGAAUUUGCAGCACAAUUCCUACCUUAAAUGUGACUCAACGCUGCAGAAUUUAAUUGAAUGGUUCACAGCAAAAGAUAUCGAGUAUGAGACAUUCAAAUGCGUUUUCCCAAAGAAAAAUAGCAUGUUCGAGCGAAUGGAGAUGCUUCCCUCCCUGCCAGUUGACGAAGCAUCCAAAGAAGAUUCAGGGGAGUUAAGUGAUCUCACUGAUGAGUCAGAGAGCACUGAAAGUGACUACGAUCUCCUCCUGCAUCAUCACAAUCGAGCCUCAAAGCUCGAUGAGAUGUACAAAAUGCAUAAUCAGCGAACAUCCUUUCGGGAUUGCCUGGAGAUGAAUGAGGAGUUUGUUUGUCAUCUCCUUAUGAAUUGCAAAGAGGAGCAACCUACGAAGGACAAAGGUGCCCAGGAGGAGGAAAAUCGGACUACUAAAUACCUCCGGCAUGCCUCGUUGAUUCUCUUUGGUUUGGGAAUCUUCCUGGGUACAAUUGUGGGAGGAGUUUGCUCCUUGUUUUGUGCCAAAGUCUACAAGGACUGCGAUGAGAAUCUCACUGUGAGACGAGAACUGAGGUCCAUUAUUCGGGAUGCUCGAGAUGAUUUCUCUUCUUAUCACGAAGCUUCUCGGUUGAAUCAUCCAGAAGAACCCCAGCAGCGGGAGGAAGCUCUACGGCAGCCAAGGCGCCCAAGGAGAUGCACAAGACCAGCUCCGCAGCCUCCAGUGAAUCAUCACCGUGAACUUGUUGAGAGCAACAAUGCUUUCCAUGACUUCGUGACGGAUCUCUUCUCACGCAGACGUCGUGGGCAUUACUUGGAGACAAUCCAUCAUCGUGGCACGAACCUCAUACGCCAAAUGAGCCGCAGUACGCUCAAUCUCUUCCAGAGAUCCACAUCCCAGCGUGCAUCAGCCCCUGCAUCACCUUCAUCACUUGAAGAUAUUCAGCUGGUGGACACAAACUAUCGAGCCACCAGCUCUAGUGGUGGACGAUCGGAGACUCCUCCUCCACCCUACAAGGAGUGCCUCGUGGUCAAAUCUUGAAGUUUCUUUGACCAAAAUAAUCCCACAAUCAAGAAUUCGUUAGAUUUAAGAUUUUUUUUUGAGAAUUUUGAUAAAUAAAUUUAAAGCUUUAAGAGCUUUCAAAAAG